CGGCAGCCUCCUGCUCAUGGCGCUGCUGCCCAUCUUCUUCGGCGCCCUGCGCUCAGUGCGCUGCGCCCGCGGCAAGAGCUCUUCGGACAUGCCAGAAACCAUCACCAGCCGAGACGCCGCCCGUUUCCCCAUCAUCGCCAGCUGCACUCUCUUGGGACUCUACCUCUUUUUCAAAAUAUUCUCCCAGGAGUACAUCAACCUCUUGCUGUCCAUGUAUUUCUUCGUGCUGGGGAUCCUGGCCCUGUCCCACACCAUCAGCCCCUUCAUGAAUAAGUUUUUUCCAGCCAACUUCCCAAAUCGCCAGUAUCAGCUGCUCUUCACACAGGGCUCUGGGGAAAACAAGGAAGAGAUCAUCAACUAUGAGUUUGACACUAAGGACCUGGUGUGCCUGGGCCUAAGCAGCGUCGUUGGUGUCUGGUACCUGCUGAGGAAGCACUGGAUUGCCAACAACCUGUUUGGCCUGGCCUUCUCCCUUAAUGGGGUAGAGCUCCUGCACCUGAACAACGUGAGCACUGGCUGCAUCCUGCUUGGCGGACUCUUCAUCUAUGACAUCUUCUGGGUAUUCGGCACCAACGUGAUGGUGACUGUGGCCAAGUCUUUUGAGGCACCAAUUAAAUUGGUGUUCCCCCAGGAUCUGCUGGAGAAGGGCCUUGAAGCGGACAACUUUGCCAUGCUGGGACUUGGAGACAUCGUCAUUCCAGGGAUCUUCAUUGCCUUGCUGCUUCGUUUUGACAUCAGCUUGAAGAAGAACACCCACACCUACUUCUACACCAGCUUCGCUGCCUACAUCUUCGGCCUGGGCCUCACCAUCUUCAUCAUGCACAUCUUCAAGCAUGCCCAGCCGGCUCUCCUGUACCUGGUCCCUGCCUGCAUCGGAUUUCCUGUCCUGGUGGCCCUGGUCAAGGGCGAAGUGGCGGAGAUGUUCAGUUAUGAGGAGUCAAACCCUAAAGAUCCAGCAACUGGGACUGAAUCCAAAGAGGAGACAACAGAGGUGUCAGCAUCGAAGAGACUAGAGAAGAAGGAGAAAUGAAUCCUCGCUACCUGACCCUUGAGGGCCAGAUCAGACAGGCGGAGGAUUACCUGUAGGUGACACAGACAGAAGACACCUACAGGAGGCGAAGGUGGCUCCAGGAUGGGGAGCGGGCUUCUGCUGCCUGUUUCCCUCUCUCCCUUCUCUGGCUUCCUCUGUUGCUCCUCCUCCCCUGCAGGCAAAGGAAACCCUCUGCUUCUUCUUUCCCCAGGAGCCAGGUGGGAACCGAAUGUGGUUUUUAGAUUUUUGUAUUGUGGACUGACUUUGCUCACAUUAAAAACUCAUCCCAUGGCUGGCGGGCCACUGUUCUCCUG